GUAAAGUUAAGUACAGGAUGAAUCCGGCUAUGAGCUACAGUUAGGUUAUUGUUUGGACUUCGUUUAUGGCAUUUUAAUUUUUAAAAACGCUUCUAUAAAGUUGACAACGCAUGAAAGGGUUGUUUUAAGUUGCGCUACAUUACUGAGAAAAUGUCUACUAAAGAAGUGAAGGCAUCUUUAAAAAGUGCCAGAGAGGCAAUCAAAAACAAGGAGUUUAAAGAAGCUCUGAAACACUGUAAGGCUGUUCUGAAACUAGAGAAGAACAACUACAAUGCCUGGGUUUUUAUUGGAGUUGCAGCCAGUGAGCUGGAGCAGCCAGACCAGGCCCAGAGUGCCUACAAGAAGGCAGCAGAACUGGAGCCUGAGCAGCUGCUUGCAUGGCAGGGCCUUGCAAAUCUGUAUGAAAAAAGUGAUCAAGAAGACUUCAAAGCUGAGCUGCCCAAAAUUUAUCAGAAACUCAUAACGUUAUAUGAAACUUCAGACAAAGUCAAAUGCUUUGAAGUGAGUAAGAAGUUGGUGGACAUCUAUCAGGCUGAAAAUAACUAUUUAAAGGUGGCAAGAGUGUGGCUGCGACUCAUCCAGGUGAGGGAGGCAGAGGAAGGCGUGGAGAAUUUCGAGCUGCUUGGACUUUGGAGAGAAAUGAUCAAGCAGCUCCAGGGCACUGUGGAAAUGCAAGACAAUGAGACUCAGCAACAUCUCCUCUCUGCUUUUGAAAAAGCUCUCCAACUAACAGAAAACAUACCGGGUGAGGACCAUCAGCAAAUCACAGAAGAUUAUAUCAAAUAUCUUUCAAAACUUCCUCAUGAAGUGGCAAAGCUGAAAGAAGUGUGCGCAACCAUGCUGACCCUCUACCCAAAAGACACCUAUCCUCUAGCAGUACUCGGAGAGCAUUAUCUGCUGUCAGAUGAUUGCAGUGAAGAUGCUGUUAGCUGCUACACUCGUCUGCUGGAGAUGGACCCAGUCAGUUCACUGGCCCACUUUGGACUGGGUCUAAAGUCUCUUCAGGAUCAGAAAUAUGAAGAUGCUGCCAAAUGUUUUGGCCUUGGACUGAGACGAAUGGGCUCCAGUGUCUUUGGCUUGUACAACCUCGCUCAGGCUGAAUUAAAAAUGCACAAAUAUUCUGACAGUGCCUUUUCCUCAUACCAAGGGCUGAAGGUGUGCACAGGUUAUGAUAAGGAUUGGACCCAGAAGCUGCAGAGAGUGAGACUGGAGGCCCUUGUGAGAGUUGGAACAGAGCAGAGUGCAGAGGAAGCUCUGGAGAUGCUUUCUCAGAUGGCAGAUUUAAUCAAUGAUCCUGCACUGUUAGCUUUAAAAGGAAGAGCCUUCUUGCAGAAGGGCCAGCUGGCAGAAGCGUUUCAGGUUUCUUCUGAGUUGCUGAGCUCACAUCCUCAAUCUGUAGAGGGAUUAACCCUAAAGGGACUGACUCAUACAGCUAAAGAUGAGCAUCAGCUAGCAGAAAAGAGCUUUCUAGAAGCUCUGUCGCAGAAUCCAGACAGUGGGGAGCUGUAUUUCCUCCUUGGCCAACUGUAUUGGAACAUGGGGGAGGAGACACGCAAAGACAGAAGCAAAGCCCACACUCAUCUACUGAAGGCUGCUAAACUGGACCCCCGUCUGGGCUCAGUGUUCUGCUACCUGGGCCGCUACUACAGGGAGGUGGCCAAAGACUUGGGCCGAGCCAGAGGCUGUUAUAAGAGAGCAUUUGAGCUGAACUCAACUGAUGCUGAGGCUGGAGCUGCUACUGUGGACCUCAGCAUGGAACAGGGAGACAUGGACUCUGCUUUAGCGGUUCUGCAGUCAGUGACAGAGCGAGCAACUCCUGGUUCAGCCAAAUGGGCCUGGAUGAGGAGAGGCCUGUACUACCUUAAAGUAGGCCAGCACCAGCAGGCUAUUUCAGAUCUUCAGGCAGCAUUGCGGGCUGAUCCUCAGGACUGGGUGUGUUGGGAGUGCUUAGGGGAGGCUUACCUGAAUCGCCACAGUUUUACUGCUGCCCUCAAAACUUUUGCCAAGGCCCACCUUCUCCAGCCAAGCUCCAUCUACAGCCUCUUUCAGAUGGCUGCAAUCAAGCAAAUACUGGGCAGGUUUAAAGAGGCUGCAGGAGAGUAUCUGCAGAUUAUUGAGAGGGAAGAAUAUGUGCCAGCUCUGAAAGGUCUUGGUGAGUGUCUUUUGUCCCUGGCUAAGUCUGCAAUGGAGGACUGCCUGGAUGGUAAAGCAGUAGACCUGAUACAGGAAGCCAUCAAGUACUUGUUUAGGGCACUCCAGAAGCGUCCAGACCUGUCCUGCCUGUGGAAGUUGUUGGGUGAUGCCUGCACUAACUGCAGUAACGUGUCGCCUAACCGGGCCAGUGCAAUGGUGCCUGGGGCUUUGUGUGGAGCUGAACCGCAAGACCAAAACCACAUGCUGAACCAAAAACAGCUGCUGUGUCUCGGAGAGAGAUGUUAUGGGCAUGCUCUGAAACUGAUGUCAGAUGCCCCAGGUCUGUGGUGUGAUCUGGGCCUCAACUAUUACCAUCAGGCCAGGCUGCUCCCUUCUCAGCUCUCAGAACAGGAUGUCCAACAACUGCUAGAGAAAGCUCUUCAGUGUGUUAAGAAAGCAGUCAUGCUGGAAAGCGGGAAUCACACUUACUGGAAUGCACUGGGAGUGGUGGCCAUGGCGAAAGGAAUUGAAAACUUUGCCCUUGCGCAGCACAGCUUCAUCAAAUCAGUCAAAGUAGAAGCAAAUAAUGUUGUAGCAUGGACAAACCUUGGAACCUUAUAUCUGAAGAAAAACAACAUUGAGCUUGCCCAUGAGGCUUUUAAGAUUGCUCAGUCUUUGGAGCCGCUGUAUGUCAACUGUUGGAUUGGACAGGCUCUUAUUGCUGAGACUGUGGGCAGUUAUGACACCAUGGACCUCUUUAGACACACCACUGAGCUGAGCACUCAUACUGAAGGGGUGAAGGGUUACGCCCACUGGGUCUGCUCCACUCUAUUGGACAAAAGUAACCGAGACUCUGAGCUUUAUCGCUACAACAUAGUCCAGAUGAACGCUGUCUCAUCAGCCCAGGUGGCUUUAACAAAGUACACAGAAAGGAUCCAGACAGACGCUGAUGCAUUUGUAAUGCUGGGCUUUCUAAAUGAACACCUGCAGCUAAAGAAACAGGCCACUGAAGCCUAUAAGAGAGCAGUGGAGUUACUCCAGAACAGCCCCCACAUAGAGGAGCUCAGCUUUGCUGUCAGAGGCUAUGCACGGGCACUUUGUGACACAGAGCAGUCGGAGGAGGCAAUCCAACAUUACUCCUCCACACCUCUGGAGGAGCUGCAUGAUCUUACAGGACUGGCUCUGGCCUGCUUCAGGGCAGGACAUUUGCAAAAAAGCCUUAAUGCCUAUGAGAAGGCUCUUGAAGUGGCCUCCAGUGAGAAGGAGAAGGCAUAUAUACUGACGGCCUUGGCUUUACUGCAACACAGACUGGGAAACAUGGACACUGCCAAAACUCUGCUUUUCAAGUGUUCUUUGCUGAAGGAGCCAGUUCCGGAAAGUCUGGAGUGUCUCUGUGCUCUGGGCCUUGUUCAUGGAGACAUCACACUGGCCACUGCUGCUCUUUCAGAGCUGCUGAAGCUUGAGGGAGCAGUAGGGGGCGCUGUGGAGGAGCGCUGUCUGCUCACCUGCACCUUACUGGCUCUACAGGGCAACUACAGCGCUGUUCAGAGAGAGGCCUCCAGGGCUGUGUUCAGAAACCCAGGAAAUCCAUCACUUUGGGCUCUGCUGUCCAGACUGGUGCCACAGUACUGUCCCAGCAAAGCUGAUGGAGGUGCUAUGGCGGGCAGUGUGGCAUGCCAUGCUAGCAUGACUCUGGGAAAGAGGGCACUGCUGUACAGUGGAGUGAAUCAGCUGGCCUCUGGCAGAAACUCUUGGGAAGACAAGAGACGAAAUGCUCUGAAAACCAUCCAGAGAGCUGUGCUGCUCUGUCCUGAUGAUCCGGCAGGGUGGGCGGCGCUUAUGGCUGCGUGUCACACUGAGAACACAGCAUGUGCUCUCUCAGGCUCCACCCCUUGCAGGAAGGGGCUAGACAAGGUGCUGAUGACCAUGGUGUCUGAGAAAGUAAAAGGCUUGCCGAAGGAAGACAUGCUUUUGGCUCAAGCUCUAGAGGGCUGGAUUCUGCAGCAGACUGUGAGUGGACUCAAACAGAGCUGCCUGUACAAUGAAGCUGAAGCCCUCUGCUUACAGGUUUUGAGUGUGUCCCCUGAGCAUCCUGCAGUGAUCCUAUUACUGAGGCAGGUUCAGUGCGAGUGCCUUCUGUGCUCUGAUGCCGGUAAAUGUAUACCAACCGCAGUGCUGGAGCAGUUAAGUGCAGCUGUUAUGGCCAACCCCACCUCAGUGUCUGCCUGGCAUUGGCUAGCAGAUGUUUACAGCUCACAUGGUUUUCUGGCCCAGGCCUCUGUGGUCCUCAGACAAAGCCUCCAGUUGGCCUCUCAGCUGGGCCACUACACUGGAAAGAUCGGAAGCCUCCUCCGACUGGCCCUGCUCGCUCUCAGGCCGUGCAUGGCUGGUGUUGGAGGAACUGAGUGGAAGGACCUGGUGCGGGAAGCCUGUACUGAGGUGCUGAAGCUGGGCCCCUCUCCCCCAGCCAUGCUCAUUCAGGCUCUGCUUCAGUAUUCCAUCAAGAUGGGUGCCAGGGAAACGAGGCGUCUGCUGGAGAAGAUUGUAUAUGGCCCAUGUUCAGCUGAGGCCAGAACUGUUACAUCAGUGGCUCGCUGGUACCUCUUGCGCCACCUACAUGCCAAAGAUGACCUGGAGCUCAUAGAUACCCUGAUGGUGGAGGCUGAAGCAGCAGGAGACCUCAGGCUGUUGGAGUUCCACAAACGUCUUUACCCAUGAGUUCACUUACCUCCCAGAUUAAUUCACUCAGGACCAUCACCAACCUGCCAUGCAAGAGCCAGUCAAUCAUUUACAUUUCCCUAAUUCUGCAUCUACAUAAUGUCUUACUGUCUUACUUUUUAUAAUUCAGUGAAGUGAUGUUUAUGGAUUUCAUAUUCCCUCCCAGCAUUUAUGAAGCACUUUUAUUUGACCUUGAAGCUGAUCCCACUGUACUGCUAUUUGCGUGCAUCAUGUAUGAGUGGACAGAAUGAAUAUGUAAUCUGUUAAUUAUUCAGAAAAUGCAUUUUCUGGUAGAAAAAAAGUGUAUUUAUACUGGAUGGCUUUGCAGUUUAAUUUGGGACAGUGCCUUUCCACAAACAUCAUCUGACCUUCACUAACUACGAGUGCCAAAGGGUCUGGCUUGUGUUGUUUCCGAAAUUGGGAAAUAAAGUGAACAAAUCUGA